AUGAGAAUCCACACAGGAGAGAAACCAUGUGGUUGUGAUGUUUGUGGGAAGAGAUUUACAGAACAGGGAACGCUGAAGGCACACAUAAGAGUCCACACAGGAGAGAAACCAUUUAGUUGUGAUGUUUGUGGAAAAAGAUUUACAUCACAGGGAACGCUGAAGAAACACAUGAAAAUCCACACAGGAGAAAAACCAUUUAGUUGUGAUGUUUGUGGAAAAAGAUUUACACGUCAGGGACAUCUGAAGACACACAUGAGACUCCACACAGAAGAAAAACCAUUUGGUUGUGAUGUUUGUGGGAAAAGAUUUACAGCACAGGGAAGUGUGAAGACACACAUGAGAUUCCACACAGGAGAAAAACCAUUUGGUUGUGAUGUUUGUGGAAAAAGAUUUACAGCACAGGGAAGUGUGAAGACACACAUGAGAUUCCACACAGGAGAAAAACCAUUUAGUUGUGAUGUUUGUGGGAAAAGAUUUACAGCACAGGGAAGGCUGAAUAGACACAUGAGAAUCCACACAGGAGAGAAACCAUUUGGUUGUGAUGUUUGUGGAAAAAGAUUUACACAUCAGGGAUAUCUGAAGACACACAUGAGACUCCACACAGGAGAGAAACCAUUUGGUUGUGAUGUUUGUGGGAAGAGAUUUACAGAACAGGGAACGCUGAAGAGACACAUAAGAGUCCACACAGGAGAGAAACCAUUUGGUUGUGAUGUUUGUGGGAAAAGAUUUACAGAACAGGGAAGUGUGAAGACACACAUGAGACUCCACACAGAAGAGAAACCAUUUGGUUGUGAUGUUUGUGGGAAAAGAUUCAAUCAACAGGGAUAUCUGAAGACACACAUGAGACUCCACACAGGAGACAAACCAUUUGGUUGUGAUGUUUGUGGGAAAAGAUUCAAUCGACAGGGAUAUCUGAAGACACACAUGAGACUCCACACAGGAGAGAAACCAUUUGGUUGUGAUGUUUGUGGGAAAAGAUUCAAACAACAGGGACAUCUGAAGACACAUAUGAUAGUCCACACAGGAGAGACACCAUUUGGUUGUGAUGUUUGUGGGAAAAGAUUUACAGCACAGGGAAGUCUGAAGGCACACAUGAUAAUCCACACAGGAGAGAAACCAUUUGGUUGUGAUGUUUGUGGGAAAAGAUUUACAGCACAGGGGACGCUGAAGAAACACAUGGGAGUCCACACAGGAGAGAAACCAUUUGGUUGUGAUGUUUGUGGGAAAACAGUUACAUCACAGGGAAGUCUGAAUAGACACAUGAGACUCCACACAGGAGAGAAACCAUUUGGUUGUGAUGUUUGUGGGAAAAGAUUUACAUCACAGGGAAGUCUGAAGGCACACAUGAGAGAAACCAUUUAG